CGCGCCCGGCCCUCGGACGACGCGCGAACGGAGAUAACGACCGCACACGUCGUCACCGUUCGGUCCGACGACGCACCGGCGGCGACGGGAGGGGCGAAUCGCGCGGCGGAAACCCUAGUUUCUCGCGCGUCAGAUCCGCGAAUCGUUGGGGAGGAAGGCCCCCGGUGAGUCCGCCCAACAGCCCAAAUGGGUGACGUCGCGGUGGACAUGGGCGCGUCCGGGGACGACCUCUCGAGGGAGUCCAAGAAAGUUCAGGGGCUCAUCUUCCAGAUGACCACGAGCGUGUCGUCGUUCAAGCGCGCGGUGGACUCGCUCGGCACGGGGAAGGACACCAGGGAGCUCCGCGCGAAGCUCAACAAGCAGAGGGAGAGCAUCGGGCGGACCGCGAAGGAGUGCUCGCUCGCGGUCAAGCGCCUGGCGCAGUCGGUGACCAACAGCGACGACGACGGGCGCAGCACGCACGUCGCACAGCAUCAGAAGCUCGUCAAGGACUUCCACGUCGUCCUCAAGGACUUCCAGAAGGCGCAGCGGACGUGCGCGGAGCGGGAGAGCACCUUCCUGCCCCAGCGCGAUCCAGCGCGGUCGCCGAGCCGUUCCUACGGAGCCGCGGACGACACCGAGGCGACCCGAGGCGAGUACCACGGGGCGCAGGAGCAGCAGGCGCUGCUGCAGGACUCUCGGCGGCAGGAGCUCAUGUCCAACGAGGGAGAGAUGGAGUACAACAACGCGCUCAUCGCCGAGCGCGAGCAGGGCAUUGCGGAGAUUCAGCAGCAAAUCGGCGAGGUGAACGAGAUAUUCCAGGACCUGGCGGUGCUGGUGAAUGAGCAGGGGCAGAUGAUCGACGACAUCGAGGCGAACAUCGUGAGUACCGCGGUGCGCACUAAGGACGCGAGACGGGAGCUGACCAAGGCGGACAAGAGCCAGAAAGCCGCGAGGAACAAGAUGAUCUGCCUCGCGAUUGUCAUCGCUGUCGUGCUCAUCGUGCUCAUACUCUUCCUGCUGCAGUGAGUUAUCAUAGCGCUGUUUGUUAAUCGACAGUUAGAACGCAAGCG